AUGUUUUCGCCUGCUUUGACGUCGUUCAACGACACCCCGAACUCACACGUCGCCUACUUUGAUUCGUCACUGCCAGGCGCACAGCCGGUCUUCCAGUCCGAGACACUGAUCCCCGCUAUCCGAGCAGCUCUUGCUCUAAACUGCACAAUCCAACCAUCCAGCCGCUUCGAUCGGAAGCACUACUUCCACUGGGACCAGCCCUCGGGAUACCAAAUAACACAAUACUAUGAGCCUUUUGCCAAAAAUGGCCAUAUUAUUUUAUAUGCGCGGGAUGGCAUUGCGCCUGAGGAUGGUGAUCAGAUUCGUAUCGACAUUCAACAAGUGCAGAUGGAGCAAGAUACGGCCAAGACGGUUGCUCAACCUGGCGGCGUUCACUGGCUAGAUUUCAAUCGAGUCGGUGCACCGCUUAUCGAGAUUAUAACAGAGCCACAGAUUCACCAUCCGGCAACGGCAGCCGCGUUAGUGCGGAAGAUUCAGCUGGUCCUUGGCGCCGUAGAUGCGUGCACAGCUGGAAUGGAAGAAGGUGGAUUGCGCGCGGACGUCAACGUGUCUGUGCGGCCUGUUGACAUGGUGGCAUUUGGGAAGCUCGGCACACGUACAGAAAUAAAAAACCUCAACAGCUUCCGGGCGGUUGAAGACGCCGUCAUAGCCGAACGCAACCGACAGAUUCGCGAGCUGGAACUCGGUAACAGUCAUAUGAUCACAAGCGAGACGCGAGGUUGGACGCCCAGCAGCAGUGCGCACGGCAGCGGCCAAACACACAGACUACGCGGCAAAGAGGGCGAGGUGGACUACCGGUAUAUACCGGACCCAGAUCUCGGACCCGUCCUGAUUGACGACAAGCUGGUUGAAUUUCUGCGUCUGACGAGCGGCACGCUACCAGAUGCAGAACUCAAUGACCUUGUGGACUACUAUGGACUGUCAGAAAAGGAUGCCAGAGCACUAAUGCUCCUAGACGGCGGAGGGCGGGUACAGUACUUUUACGACGUCGUCGACGCUUUCGAGCGACGCCUGCCAUUGGGUGGUGAUGCCCUUGGAAAUAACAUAGCCCACCGGCCUUUCAUUGCCAACUGGCUUCUUCACCAAUUGGGACGGCUCACGUCUGAGCGCAACAAUGCUUACGAAGUGGCAGCCAUGAUCAACGACCUCGAGAUGACUCCGGAGGGCCGAUGCCGCUUAGCCGUUAACACUCUGGCCGAUGUUCUGGUGUACCGCUAUGAGGGGCGGAUCACGGCCAACGUUGCUAAAGACCUACUUUUUGCCGCCUUUCGAGGCGACAUUGGCGGCGAUGUGCCCUCUUGUGGUAGCGGACAGCACUACGCCGAUGUGAAGGAAGCGAUCGACCAAGGUAGUCUCUGGUUUGACGAGAUCUCCGUGGAAGAAUACCGAAAAAUUGCCGAACGCGCUCUGGAGGGUGAGGAGAAGACACUGAAGCUGUUUGUAGAACCCAAGCGUUACCCAUACGGAAAGUUACAGUAUCUGGUGGGAAAACUGUUACAGCUGGGGCCCGAGGGGAGGAUGGACCCGCUGCAUGCUGAGAAGGCCUUAAAGUCAGCGGUCGAAGACUAUGUGACAAAAAGAUUUUAA